UUGUUUUCAGUCGUUAUCGUUACUCGUUUGCUUUCGGAUAUUCGUUUUCCUUAUUUUCUUCACGACCCAUAAUAAUAAAAAAAGAAAUAAAAAGGGGAGACAAUUUCAUUAGAAAGACACGACAACAACAAGAAAAUCCUUCAUCACACUUGUUUCACACUCCAUCAUAUUUUAUGUGGUCGUUGGUGCCUGUGUUGUGUGAAGUGAUUUUAAACAGAUGUUUUUAUCGUAUCGUUCAUGUUGGACCGAAAGUACAGUGAAAAUAUACACAAAUUUUCCGGCAUUGUAAACAAGAAACAUAUACACACGACUACAAGCAACACGCAAAUGCAAUUCAUCUCUUUCUGACACCGGUUCCAGUUUUCACAAUUUUUCCGAACAAUGCUGUGUGUCGAACCAUUUUCCUGAACAACUCGAGAUGACGCGCUAUAAGCACACAGAAUUCGCCGAUGAGGAUACCAGUAGUGUUGGUUCCAUUCAUCUUAACGAAGCCACCAGUCCAGCGAUGCACAUUCGGUAUCAUUCAGUUAGAACAUCUUCCUUGUGGACAAGUCGUACAUUCAUUGAGAAAUGUCUCAUUUGUCUCGUGUUGUUUUUACUUGUAAUCUUGUUUAUUUUGGCGGUUAUUCUUGCCACGGACCGGGGUGACUCGUCUAAACGUAUUCUGCAUGUGCAGCCACAUUCGCGCGAAGAGGGACCAUGUUUAGAGGAGAGUUGUAUUCAUGCCGCUAGCUCGAUUCUACACUCGAUCGAUCAAAGUAUCGAUCCCUGUGAUAAUUUUUACGCGUAUUCCUGCAAUCAGUGGAUCAAGAAUAAUCCGAUACCCGAUGGCAAGAGUAUGUGGGGCACUUUUGGAAAGUUGGAGCAGCAAAACCAGCUUGUCAUUAAGAACGUGCUCGAACGUGACUUUGAUGAGUUCAAGUCAAAAGCGGAAUUGAAGGCGAAAUUGUAUUACGAGUCGUGUUUGGAUGAGAACGAGGUGAUGGAAACUUUAGGUGCGAAGCCAAUGUUGGAUCUUUUGGAAAAGAUUGGCGGAUGGAAUAUCACUAAAAGUGGUUUCAACAUAUCAACUUGGUCACUGGAGACGACAUUAAUGAAGGUACAAAACGAGUAUAAUAUGGGAGGCUUGUUUGGAUGGGCUGUCGGCGAAGAUGACCGACAAUCUACGCGGCAUGUCAUACAAAUCGAUCAAGGAGGACUUACACUUCCGACACGCGAUAAUUACUUAAACAAAACAGCACAUCAAAAGGUCUUGGACGCCUAUUUGGAUUAUAUGACUAAAGUGGCUGUUUUGCUGGGCGCAAAUGAAUCAGAUGCCAAAAUUCAAAUGCAAGGCGUUAUUGAUUUUGAAACUGAAUUAGCAAAGAUCACAAUUCCUUCCGAAGAUCGGCGUGACGAAGAAGCCAUGUAUCAUAAUAUGACAUUGGCAGAACUGCAAGAUUUGGCACCCUUCAUUGAUUGGCGUGCGCACUUUGACGACGCCUUUCGACGUGCAUUCAAGGACAAUUAUUCCUCAGCUACAAAAAAAUCUCGUAAGAUAACGGAAAAGGAGCACGUUGUCGUGUAUGCACCACAAUAUUUGCACAAUUUGACCAACAUUAUCAAAAAAUACCAGAAUACCACUGAAGGAAAAAUUGUUUUAAACAACUAUUUGGUAUGGCAAACGGUCCGAUCGUUUACUGCUUGUCUUUCCAAGGCAUUCCGUGAUGCCUAUAAGGGACUUAGAAAGGCACUUAUUGGGUCUGAUGGUGGUGAAGAACCAUGGCGAUAUUGUGUCACAGAUACAAACAAUGCAAUUGGCUUUGCUAUCGGUGCAAUGUUUGUGCGAGAAGCUUUCAAUGGCAAAUCUAAGCCGCAAGCUGAACAGAUGAUAAAUGAAGUUCGAAACGCAUUCAAAGCAAAUUUGGAACAUCUCGACUGGAUGGAUGAUGAAACUCGUAAAUUAGCGGAAGAGAAAGCAGAUGCCAUCACAGACAUGAUCGGAUAUCCCUCGUAUAUUCUGGAUGCCAAGCAGCUAGAUGAGAAAUAUCGCGGGCUAGAUAUAAAAAAUGAUACAUACUUUAUGAACAACAUCGAAAUCAAUCGAUACAAUUUGCGGAAGAACCUCGAAAAGUUAGAUGAACCUGUUAACAAGACACGAUGGGGAAUGACACCUCCUACUGUGAAUGCGUACUACACACCGACGAAAAAUCAAAUUGUUUUUCCUGCUGGAAUCCUACAGUUGCCAUUUUAUGAUAUCCUGAACCCGAAAAGCUUGAAUUUUGGUGGAAUGGGAGUUGUUAUGGGGCAUGAAAUCACACAUGGAUUUGAUGAUCAAGGCCGUGAAUAUGAUAAGGAAGGAAAUUUACAUCAAUGGUGGAAUAAUGCCACAAUUUCUCGUUUUAAGAAACGCACAGAUUGCUUUGAAAAACAAUACAGCAAUUAUUCGAUCAAUGGUCGCAAUUUGAAUGGAAAACAAACAUUAGGGGAAAACAUUGCCGAUAACGGAGGUCUCAAAGCUGCCUUCCAUGCUUUUAAAAGCACCAAGCGGACAGACUCUCGUGAUACAUUGUUACUUCCUGGCGUUAAUUUAACGCACAAUCAACUAUUCUUCGUGGCUUUUGCACAAGUAUGGUGCACAUCAGCCACAGUCGAAACAACAAACCUACAAAUCGAAAAGGACCCCCAUUCGCCGCCCGAAUUUCGUGUCAUCGGUUCCCUAUCAAACUUCGAGGAAUUCGCGAUGGAGUUUAACUGUGCCCGUGGAUCUCGUAUGUAUCCGAUUGAUAGAUGCGAAGUUUGGUAAGGCAACAAAAAAAACGACCCGUACAAAAAUUGAUACCAAAGAAAAAAAAUCAAAGAACUAUUAAAGGACCCAUCGUUACAAAAUGGUGACAUUUUUCUCCAAAUACCUAUAUACACUAAAAAAUAAGAUUUUAUGUUGAUUGUGUAUAAAUGUUUCAA